GCCACCACCCUGCCCUGCUGCAUCUCCCCGUCGCCGUCUCCCUCAGAUCAUUUAUUCCGUUCACCUGCCUUGCCCUCUCCGAAUUGCAACCUCGCGUUCGUGCAAAUCGCCUCGGCUCUGCCUCCCCACGAGAUUCCCCAUCCGCUCCCCCCUCGCUGGAAUCGCCGGCGGGGUCUGAGGAUUCGAGGCGGCGGCCGCCUGUGAUUCCCCACUCCGGUCUCUUGUCUCUCUCGCGAGGAUUGGGGCCGAUUUGCAGGCAAAUCGCCGGCCUUGGCCCCGUUUGUCUCUCGCUCGGGACCGGCGAUCCCGGGCAGUUCUUGAGGUGGGUUCUUGCAAUCUUUCCCCAACAGUGCUCCCUAAAUUUCAGAAAUUUAGGGCGCAUUAGAUUUGAGACGAGGUCUUUCCGUGCGCUGGAAAAGGCCUCGUCUUUGCGCAUCCAUGGGGUUCCUCAGCCUCGUGGGCAACUCCUUCGGGUGCUCGGCCUCCGGCGAGCGCCUCGUCUCAGCUGCCCGGGACGGCGACCUGCAGGAGGCGCGUGCGCUCCUCGAGUACAACCCUCGGCUGGCCCGGUACUCCACAUUCGGCGGCCGCAACUCGCCUCUGCACUACGCCGCCGCACAGGGUCACCAUGAGAUUGUUUCUCUGUUACUCGAAUCCGGUGUAGAGAUCAACCUCAGGAACUAUAGGGGGCAGACUGCUUUGAUGCAAGCCUGCCAAUAUGGCCACUGGGAGGUUGUUCAAACGCUGAUGCUCUUCAAUGCAAAUAUCCACAGGUCAGAUUAUCUGAAUGGAGGGACUGCUAUCCAUUUUGCUGCACUGCACGGUCAUGCCCGGUGCCUUCGCCUUGUGCUUGCAGAUUAUGUGCCAAGCAUACCAAACUUCUUAAACCAGACGAAUCACAGAUCAUCUGAAGAAGUUUCAGAUGCUGAUUUCGAUGAUGACAGUGGUUUGGUCAAGAUGGUAAACUGGAAGGCAGAUGGAGGCCUAACUCCUCUUCAUAUGGCGGCGUUGAAUGGCCAUGUGGAGUGUGUACAAUUGUUACUAGACCUGGGAGCAUGUGUUUCUGAGGUCACAAUUGAAGAUGGAACAACUAUUGACUUGAUAGGAUCAGGUAGCACCCCACUUCAUUAUGCUGCCUGUGGUGGAAAUGCUGCAUGUUGUCAACUUCUUAUUGCUAGAGGAGCCAACCUGUCUGCGAAAAAUGCUAGUGGCUCAACCCCAUUAAUGGUAGCUCAGUCAUGGCAUCGAAACUCUCUUGAGGAAGUUCUAAGUAAUGAACCAGGGGAACGAAUACACACACUUCCUUCUCCAUACCUGUGCCUCCCACUUAUGAGUAUCAUGAGCAUUGCCAGGGAGUGUGGUUGGAGGUACCUAAACCAGUCACCUGUAUGUAUUGAUCCAUGUGCUGUCUGCUUAGAUGGGAGCUGCUCUGUUGCUGCAGAAGGAUGCAAACAUGAAUUCUGCACGAGAUGCGCGCUCUACCUUUGCUCAACCAGCUACACGUCAGCGAACCCCGCAGGCGCCAUACCAUGCCCUCUCUGCCGGCACCCGAUCAUCUCCUUUGUCGCGCUCCCUGGCAUGAGCCCAAUAAGAGAGCUCCCAAGGAACAGCCUGUCGCUGUCGUUCUGCACGACCUGCCCAGCAGUGAACUCCGACUCUGCCGCAUCGUCAGCGGCCAGCCACCUGUACCGGGGAGAGCUCCACUGUGGCGCACGCAUGCCACCGAUGGGCUCAUCCUCCUUCCGCUCCCUGAGCUGCCAAGCAAUGAAGCUCAAUCCAUCGUUCUGCAUGGGUGCCAUGGACACGAAUCCGUGCCUGAUAAGAUGCUCCAGGUUUGGGUCCAGCCUGAGCCGUUCCGCGUCCCAUGGGGAGGGCAACCGGAGAGGUGCGUGGCCUCUGACGUUCAGCCCCAUUGUUGCUACCAGUAGCUAAUAGGAGUGAGUAAUAAACAUCACGUCCUCAUUUUUUGCGGCCUUCUUUGAAGGGUGUCCUGUUUUGCCUGCUGUUAUUUGGUAUCAGUGGCGGCGCGCAACUACUCCUACAUCGGUUUGUAAAUAACCAUGUGUUUGUGUACAUUUUUGGGCGAGCAAUGAAAUUAUUGCAGUGCAAUUACUUUUUG